GAAUGAAGUUAUCACUGAGCAGACUAUUCUUAAAGAAAUAGUCAGUUGAACAGAUCACAUAGUCAAAUUAUAAUUUUAUUUGUUCUUAAAAUGUCUGAAUUUAAAUUAAAUCGAUCGAUUUCUUUUUUCACAUACAUUUUGCACACCGCUUGCAGAAGUACACCUUUUGUAACACAUUUGAGAUAUCCUGAAAAAAUGGCUGCACGAACACAGCCGCACCCGAGUAUACCUGUUGGACCUAAUAAUAAAAUGAUAGAAAUGUACUAUUUUGAUAGAGAUGCUAAACGACAAGUUCAGUUGCCAACUAUUUUAUUUAAAAGUACUCGAUUGAUGCCUGGGGAGGAUAUUCAGAAAUUAACAUAUUUUACUCAAAAUAAGUGAUAUCAAUGUACCACAGAAAAUCAACUUCAACAGUAGAAUUCAAUCAAAAU